GGAGCCUUCAAAGCUGCCUCCUUCUUCAUCGGGCUCUCGAUGAUGCUCAUCAUCGCCUGCAUCGUCUGCUUCAUCCUCUUCUUCUUCUGCAACACAGCCACUGUCUACAAGAUCUGUGCCUGGAUGCAGCUGACCUCGGGCAGAUGGGAGAACAGGUCUGUACUGCAGUCAUUUACAUGAUUGCCUGCUUUAUCCCUUGACCUGAGAACCUGAGUAGUGGUAGGUAGCAUAAGCUUUAGUCAGGCAAUGAGAGGCCAAAGUGAACAAAAGUUUUCUUUGUUUAACCCUUCCCUACUGCUUUCACUGAAUACAGCUAAUUUCUGUCACUUCCAUACAGAGGCAUUUUAAAGUUGAAUAGCGAUUAAAGGCGACAUUUUAAUCUAUCCAGCUUUCUUUGUGUGAAAGAUCUGCAUUUAACAGUUGAUUUUAUUAACAAUUCAAAUGUAACUGAUGAGUUUUCUGUAUAUUGUGUCAGUCUUUGUGGCAAAUAAACAUUUCUGCAAACACUGAAGAGCUCAGAAGGUACAUGUGGUGCAUGUUUAUUACUCAUCUGAAUUCAUCUUUUCUACCUGCAAAUGGUGGUGGGCGUGAGUCUUAGAAUUGAAAACAAAAGUAUUUAGCAAGAUAAAUUUGUGAUGACAGCAACAUUCUGGAUUGAAAAAGAAAGAUACAGAAGCAGAAAAAUUCAGUGAAGAAAACUUGGAACAGACACUUCGGGAAUAAGAGAGCUAGAAGACAAUUGGACAGGAAAAUCUCUAUUUCCCAGAAAUCUAGGACAGGUGAUGAAGUUACUUGUGCAAGCAUGUUUGAUUUCAUGCCUAAUGCAUAUACAGAGCAAGGAAUGAUGGAAGCAGACUGAGUGACAUCAGCCACAGCAUCGCCGAGCUGCUGUUCAAAGGUGCUGAUGACUGAUGAAUGCAGAGAUCACGCCAGUAAAACAAGGAGCCUGCUGGUCCGAGGGGAGCCCACCUGAGGACAUCCACGCAGCCCUGCCACGGAGCCCACCUGAGGACAUCCAUGCAGCCCUGCCAAGGAGCCCACCUGAGGACAUCCACACAGCCCUGCCACGGAGCCCACCAGAGGACAUCUACACAGCCCUGCCAAGGAGCCCACCUGAGGACAUCCAUGCAGCCUUGCCAAGGAGCCCACCUGAGGACAUCCAUGCAGCCUUGCCAAGGAGCCCACCUGAGGACAUCCAUGCAGCCCUGACAAGGAGCCCACCUGAGGACAUCCACACAGCCCUGCCAAGGAGCCCACCAGAGGACAUCUACACAGCCCUGCCAAGGAGCCCACCUGAGGACAUCCACGUAGCCCUGCCAAGGAACCCACCAGAGGACAUCCACACAGCCCUGCCAAGGAGCCCACCAGAGGACAUCCACACAGCCCUGCCAAGGAGCCCACCUGAGGACAUCUACACAGCCCUGCCAAGGAGCCCACCUGAGGACAUCCACAUAGCCCUGCCAAGGAGCCCACCAGAGGACAUCCACGUAGCCCUGCCAAGGAGCCCACCAGAGGACAUCCACACAGCCCUGCCAAGGAGCCCACCUGAGGACAUCCACGCAGCCCUGUGGGCUGUGGAGAGAGAAGUGCACUGAUAAACACACUUUUGGGUUUGUCCCAGACUGACUAGUGCGUGCCAGAUCUGUGUGUAGGAGUAAAGGAGAUUAGCUUUUCAGCUACAGGCAAGUAAUUCAAUGGUAGUUAUCUUUCCCAGAAAGGUUUCCGAACAGGAUUUGUUUUUCUAACCAAGCCCACAGCUAAGAAGUUAGAAAGCAGGUGUUAUUUUUUGUUUGGUUGGUUGUUGUUUUGUUUUGUUUCUUGCCACAGAGCUAGUGAUUUGUUGACAGACUUAAAAUAACUUAUCUAAUAAAGGAAGCCACAGUUUAAUUACUUGUUGCUUUUGAGGUAUUUGAUGUAAUCUAAUAUUAGAAAGGAAAACACUGUUCUAAUACUGUAUUACGAGCAUUAAAAUUGCAACCAUAAAUUCUGCUGCUAGGGCCACAUAACUUUCUGCUGCUGCGGUGAGAUAACUUAAGUAUAUACAAUUCAUGACUUAGGUAAAUUUAUAAAAAACUAUAUAUCCAAAUAUGCUUGAAUUUUUGAAAAUAAUUAGGAUAAUCUGAAAGACAACAAAAAUAAAAGAUGAGUGUUUUAGAUAUUGAGCUCCUGUUAUUUUAAAUCUGAAUAUAAUUCUGAAAGUCCCGGACCAAGUAUUAGAUGCGUGAAACAGAUACAUAUUUAUAUAUAAAUCAUAAGCUUUGUCAUGAUCUUUUCAGAGUUCAGAUAAAGUUAAGUAUCCUUGGUGUGGUAUCCAGGUACUGUGUAAAUAUUUUUGGGUGACUUGUAGGAAUCUUGAGGAUAUUUGUUAGGUACAAUUUUCUGAAAGCCCAUAAAAGGCCUUCGGAAUUUACCAUCUCUGGAUACACAAGCACUCUGGUGUUUGGGUAAAAUGUUUGGAAGUAGAAGUGUUGACUCUCCCUAUUAAAGUCCACAUUCUUUUGCUAAUCACAGAAUCACAGAAUGUCAGCAAUUGGAAGGGACCUCGAAAGAGCACCCAGUCCAAUCCCUCUGCUGGAGCAAUAACAGAUGAGGUUACACAGGAAUGUGUCCAGGCAGGUUUUGAAUGUCUCCAGAGAAGAAGACUCCACAACCUCCCUGGGCAGCCUGUUCCAGUGUCUGUUACCCUUACCAUGAAGAAGUUUCUUCUCACAUUUAAGUGGAACCUUUUGUGUUCCAGUUUGUACUCCUUGCCCCUUGUCCUAUCAUUGGUUGUCACCGAGAAGAGCCUGGCUCCAUCCUCGUGACACUCACCAUUUAUAUAUUUAUAAACAUUAAUGAGGUCCCCCCUUAGUCUCCUCUUCUCCAAACUAAAGAGCCCCAGCUCCCUCAGCCUUUCCUCACACGGGAGAUGCUCCACUCCCUUCAUCAUCUUCGCUGCCCUGCGCUGGACCCUCUCCAGCAGUUCCAUGUCCUUCUGGAACUGAGGGGCCCAGAACUGGACACAACAUUCCAGGUGUGGUCUCACCAGGGCAGAGUAGAGGGGCAGGAGAACCUCUCUCAACCUACUAACCACCCCUCUUCUAAUACACCCCAGGAUGCCAUUGGCCUUCCUGGCCACAAGGGCACAGUGCUGGCUCAUGGUCAUCCUGUUGUCCACCAGGACCCCCCGGUCCCUUUCCCCUGCACUGCUCUCCUGGAGACAUCACGCAAUUGGCCACAUUGCUAAUUCCAUUUAUACAGUUGUAAAACACAAUUUAUUUCUCGCGAUUUUGAAAUACCUUGCAAACUGAGUGUUCUCUUGCUGAAACAGUAGAUCUCAAACAUGGAGCAGCAGAAUUCAGCGAUGAGUGAAGUGAGAAUGACCAGGGUCAGCCACCCGUCAGCAGCUGCCAGACAGGGCCCUGGUGAGGAGCAGCUCCAAGGUCAGGCAGGGAUGUCCAUCAGUGAGGGUCGGCGUGGCACAGGGACAGCUGCUCCCAUCCCUGGAGGAUAUCCCAGCAAAGGCCAGGAGGAGAGGGCUAAACCCAAACACAACUCCUGAGCUGAGCCUUCUUGGCUUCUCAACACAGCCCUUUCCCACAGCUGAGCUGUUUUCACAGCAGUUGUGCCCAGGAUUUCAUCACUGCUCUGUGCUGCAGCAGAUGUCAAAGCAGACCUCAGCUGGACCCCUGGGAGCAGGAAAGGGGGAUACAGAGCCUGUUGGUGCAUGCAGGACACCAAAACUUUUAGCAAGUCCUGCCAGUCUGCACCUCCUUAUUCCUAAACCAAUGAAACACACCAGCAGCUUGUAAGCUGGGCUUCUUGGUCAACCCUCCUCUCAGGUGACAUCAAGUCCGGGGAGCCUUCAGGGCUGUGAUGGGGUUCUGUGGUCAGGUUACUCUGUGUCCCUCUCUCCAAAUCCACACCAGUACCAGUGCAUCAGCCUCUGCCUGCCUGACCCUGAGGAUGCGGCUCCAGGGACAUUCACAGGGGGUCUCCAUCCCCAGGGAGCCUCCUGCCAGCUGCUGGAUUGCAAUUUAAAAUAAAAGGCAAUUGAUAUUUGUGACCACUGCUUUUUUCCACUAAGAAGACUUGUGUAACCUUCAAACUCUUCCCGGUGUUUUUUGGGAAGCUGUAAUAGUUUCCAAAGUGCUCUGUGUGCUGGUUGUUACUCACCAAACCCCAGUGUUCAGAGAGGUUUUAGUUGAAUUCUCUCUGGAGAACGUUUGCUGAAAUUAAUCUGAGCUGAUGCCUAUCUCAAGGUAUACGCUAGUCAGGAAUAUAAAACUGCUCAGUUUGUGGAUACAUAUUUCACAGUGGAUUUGAUCAUGAUUGUGAAUACAGUUUCCAUCCUUUUAGUGAAAAGAUCUGGCUGUCUGAGUAGGCAGAAUAUAGAAGUGCUAAGGCAGAAAUUAUACCGCCGGAAAAUAACCUUGACUGUUGUGGCUGAAAAUGUACCUUUAGGGAGAUGACAAACUCAGUUGAUGAGGACUUCUUGAAAGAGCAGAUAUGCAGAACAGGGACUUUGUUCUUUUUGUUCCAGAGAAUUCCAGUCGUAAAACAUGAGGUUUCUCAAAAAAUGAACAGACCAACUCAGGGUUCAGUAAAGAGCCAAGUGAAUAACCGUGUAUAAUUCCUUCCCACUGCUUUUCUAAGAUGCUUUUCUUUAUUAAAUAAAAGGCAAUUCAGAAACAAGGCCUGGUGAUGGGCACUAAACACAGAUACAGUAGGGAAGGACUGGAUCCUUGCAUUUUUGUAAAGUUAAACUUUUUUUUUCCAAAACAGGUGGACAUAAGACAUUUUGUAUAGAUAUUCAAAUUUUAAAUAUAAACAAAACUAAAUUGCUUCAACUUGUAAAAAGUCCUGGGUUAACACGGACUAGAUCUAGUGAGAUUUGUACAUUUUAAAAAUAACAGAACAAAAAUUCUAGGUACUGAAGUAGUUUUUCUGAACAAAGAAAGAAAACAUGUCAAGGAAAUGACUAAUACAAAGAUGUUAGCCCUUCAGAUUUGAGUACACAGGCAAAAUCCAGGAUCAAGUAGAUCUUCUGCUGGAUGAUUUGUUGUAGUGAACCCAAACAGCCCAAACCACUGAAACCUCUUGGUACUUUCACUCCCUGUUUAUUUCUCUUCCAGCCUUCAGAGAAGGGAAAUAUUCAUUUCCUGGGUCUGGCUGGAGGGCCAGGGAACAACGUGGUACUUCACCAUAAAUACUGCGCCUAGCUAAUACAGCUAACAGUGGUAUGGAGACAAAGUGUUGGUUUCAGCUUAAGGCUCUUAUCCUUUGCAAAACCCUCUUGAACUCACCAUUCCAGUGUCUGUUAUUUGGCUUGUUUUAUCAGUCUGUGCUCUCAUAAAAUUCCAUCUAGAAAUGCCCAAAUUUUUAGUGGUUUUGUAAUUAUGAAAUACAUUCCUCUGUUGUGAGAAGCAAGUAGGGGGUUGCACUUGUUUAUUUUUCUCUUUCGUGUGCAGUCCUGAAGUUGAAGCCUCUGUGUACAGGAAGCAUCUAGCAGCUCUGGCAUCUGUACUUCUAGUCCCACUUCAUCACCAGUGGAGAAAUCAGCAACAUUUCCCUUUCUGCAGAUUACAGGAUGAGAGACGACAGUAAUUUUUUUCCUGGGUAUCCUGACUCUGUUGAGAAAUCAGGUUGUGGUUUCCUACCUAGGGCAAUGUUUGCAACCUAUCACUCCAAUGAGUCUAUCCUGACAAGGCACCAGCAUUGCUUUCCUGUGCCUGUGUUGGGCUCCGUGCUCACAGCGAUACAGCUUUUCAAACUGUGCAGCAAAUUGCUCCUCGGGUUUGUAGAAUCUGUUGGAGGUGGUGUUGUCGUGAGCAGAACCUGCCUUCUCGACAGGUCAAGCUGCAAACAGCCUGUCACUGUCACCACUAUGCACUGUGCCUAGAUUUUAACUAGAAAUGUGCGUUUCUUUUGUUAUCUUUAAUGAUGUGAAUGAUGGUAGUUAACCCUACUGAUGUCAAUGAAGUUUGACCCAAUUUGGAAAUAAGUCUUUAAUUAUCUCAAGAGAGUCAAACGACAUCCUAAAAACUGUCACCACCAAUGGUGGCCAUUGGGACAGCUGCAUUUGAAGCCCAAAACCCCCUCUCUCCAAGUCAAAGGGAAGAAGUAUCUUAUGCUGGGAGUUGCAGUGGAGGUGGUAGAGUACCAAGGAGGUGGAGGAAGGGGAGAGGUAUCUGAAGACACCGUAGCAGGCUCUGGAGAUAAUUUUUUUCUGGAAGCAAAAUAAGGCAGUGACUUGUCUACUGAUUCAAAGACGAUGAAUAUAAAGAAGUAGGUGGAUAGAUUUAUUUUAAAAUGCAGAGGAAAAGUCAGUUGUACAUCAGGAUAUAAACGAGAAGGUUUGAAUAUAAAUGAGGCAGCACAGCAAAUGAUAAGAUGUAAGAAGAGGAAGCUUUUUGCCAAUGAAGGUAAUGUGUUUUGUUCUUAGUCUGGAGACUUGAGAGACUGAAAGAACAAAAAUGUAAAUGAGUGCUCGGGGUUUAGUGACGGGUACAAACCACAGGCUGGAUUCUUGCUCAGCCUGGUGUAAAACCAGAGGUACCGAACUGAAAUUAGAAAAGCUGCAUUAGCACAAAGCUGACAAAAGUGAUAAUCAGACUCUGUAUAAACAGUCUGGAGUUCACCAUGACAAUCUGGGUUUAUCGUGAUAGUGGAAGGGUUUGUACUAGACGAGGAUAUUUCAGGUGGCAAUAGAAGCAGUUGAGCAGAAGAGGCUGUUUUAGACAAGGAGGAGAUAAUUUAUCUAAAUAUUGUCAUACAUUUUCUGGCUUACACUAAUGGCUGUAAAUAUUCUGGUAGUGAGUCAGUAAGGAACUGCCAUGGCCAAGUUCAUUAAUACAGAGAUCUGGAACAUCUGUUUGCACAGGCAAAUUAGCACCCCCUGUUCAUUGGUUCUACUGAGCUCCAUAGAAGUGUUUGUCUGAGUCAGAGGCUGGGAAAAGUGGUUUAUUUUUUCCCUUCAAGUGUGAUUUACCUUGCAGGAUGUUCUGUUUUAAAAAUACUAUUCUUUGAAAUUCAUCGCCAUCUUUUUUCUUUCAGAUGUAGUUCAUGUGGAAAGACUGGUGGUGGAAGGAGGAUGGUUAUCAGACAUGAUAUGGCAAUGUUACUCAUGAAAAAUUCUGCUAUGCAAAUAAUCUAUAAUAGGGAAUUCAGUUGUUUCAAAGAUCGUGCUGGAAAUGUUCAGCUUUUAUAAGGGAGGAUUCUAAUUCUUAGACAAGAAAUUGUGGAUGGAAGCAAAAAGAAACAUAGUAAAGUAUGUAGGAUCCUGAUUGGUGUGCUUGUGCUGGAAAUGCAGCUACGGAUGGGACGAGUGGAGGUCGAAGUUAUUCUCUCCAGCAACAAAAUAUUAAUUUUUCUUUGUUCCUGAGAAGGUUCUGUCGAGGAAAUGGGAACAGGGCAGCCACUCAUGAAAUCUCUUUACCUUUUUCUUGCUCCUUUCCUGCAGAUUACCUUGGUAAAUACUUACCCUGAGGUCAAUAAAACUUGAUAUUUAUCUCAGCAGAAGUCAAUGCCUACCUAUUAGUAUUAUUUUUAAAAGAAGACUAUUGUUAAGAAUACAAAAUAGCCAGGUGCAGGUGACAGGCUGCUGAUAAAUAUCUUGAAGAUGUCAAAUCAGAACUGUCAUGUAAUAGAGAGGUAACCUAGUAAUAUCUAGAAGAUAUAGUCUAGUUUUUAAAGUACAUCAACUACAUUUGAAAUGUAGUGAAACACAGAACACAAGCGCUUGCGCCUCAGGCAUCUGAGAAAAGGGAAUUACUUAGACAUUGUUUGUUUACCAAGUAGAAGAUUUACAGGGAAUAGCUUUUGAAAUUCAGCAGAAUAAUAAUAUGUUGGAUGGAUCAUAUAUUCAGUAGUACUUACUAUUGUGCAUACUUCUUAUAAACUAACAACUAGAGUAGCAAAGAGCUAUAAGGUCAUUAAAUAUCGUGGAUAUGUGUUAUUUUCACCCAUAAUGUGGCAAAUACUGUAUCUACAGAUAGUCAAGAAUAUUGUGCUUAUAGCCAAAAGUCUAAAAGCCUAGUGAACUAAAAAUGUCACCUGAUGGAGCAUUUUUGGCAUUUCCAGUGGGCCUUUCAUUGUUGAAGCUUUCUCAGAAGCAGGACAGAAUUUCUAGUCAAAGCAAGGAUAGAUUUAAAAAAAAAAUAAAAGGAGAAAUAAAGAAAAUAACCUUACAUUUUGCUUUCUUUUCAUUGAUGGAGAUCAAUAAAAUACCUGAUUGGGCGAAUUUACACUGUCCCUGGCACUUUCCUUCAAAAAAUUACAGAAAAUAAGACAAAAUUUAUUUUGAUGAUUCUUUUUUCUUAUUAAAUCUACAGCACAAUAGAAACCAGAAAUAUUUACAAAGCAUCCAGAUCCAUCCUGGACAAAAGGCUGCAUGUUGUUUGAGUUGGUAACAGUCACAUUCCAAUAAUCACUUCCCCUACAAGGGAAAUAAUAAUAGCAUUUCAUUGUAUUAUAUCCAUUUGCUGACUAUUUUUCAAGCCACGAGGAAAGAAAAAAUAAAGAAAAUACUGUAUUUUUAAUGGUGCUGUGCUUCUGAAUAUAGAAAUUCUCAAGAGAAGGGUCCAAAGUGGUAAUUGAUACUUUUGAUAAUGUAGAAAGAAGGAAAAAUCAGAUGGAAAUAAUUAUUUGCCUUUAAGAAUACAGAUAAAGAUAGAAGAUUCUUCACAAGAAUACAGAAAUCAAAAGAAGUUUAAGUCACAUAAAUGCAAAGGAAAAACUUACUAUAUACUGACUGAAAAGUGUGGCAAAUAAAACUAGCUGAACCACAUUUGGUGAAGAGACUAUCAAAGCUCAUAAAAUUCUGUCUUAUCUACUGGAAGGAGAAAUCACGAGGAAGAAAUUUGUUAAAUAAUAACUGAAAAGUGUGAUCAGAUAUUCUAGAUCUAUUUAAAUCUGCCUUUCAGGGCUCCUCACAAAUGUGUGUGUACUAUGAAACAGAAAAUCUACUGGAGGAUUUAAGAAGUAAAUGUUUUGAGUUCUGUCAGCCUCCAGAAAGUUGCAAUUGCAUUAGGGAAGUCAGGAGCUUAAACAGAGACUGAAAAGGCUGUAAACAGUUUAAAAAUUGGUGAAAGGCCGAGGCCAGUACUUCUACACACUAAGAGUCUGUACAAUUACAGACCUAAUUACACCAGGUCUUCAUUAAUGCUCUGACAAAGAUGCUCAUCUAGAAGCAUGCACUUACUCUCAGAUGACUCACAGGAACAUAAUGCCACAGAUGAGAAUCCUUUUUUUAUUACCAGCGUCUCAAAAAUAAUAAUAAAAAAAGACUUAUACUGUAUGCUGGGGAGAAUGACCACUGGCCUUGUGACCACAAUGUGGCAACUUGGGUCUUAAGACAUCUCCAAGGGACACAUCUACAUCUGAAGAUUCCUUUCUACUUAAACGAGAGAAGUUGCUUUGUCUUAUUUUCAGGUGAAAGAAAUAUCUACUCAGACACCUCAGAUAUAUCUGGGUUUUUUCCAUUGCCUCCUUUUGUUAUUACCUUUUAACAAAAUCUAAACAGCAAACUCAGGUAUACCUAUUCACCACCUUGAAGUCUUCAUUUGAGCAGGUGAAUCCUCCUAAUGCUUUAGACUGGAAGCCUACUUAUUUCAUGGAGCCACUUUUCACAUAAUAUAUAAUGCAUAUUGACCUGUAACCUUAUAACCAGAUCAGAAAAAACAGAUCAGCCUUUGCUUUAUUCUCUUGAGGCAGCGAGGACCUCUGACUAAGUUGAGAGGCUGGUUUUAAACUUCAAAUGCUUCUGUCUGUGACCUCUGGUGUAAGAGCAGCUAAAUGUUUUGUACUCAGUUUGAGAUCUGGUUUUCCAGGAAAGGGCUGCUUUAAAAACUUUUAUUUGCCCAGUUAGUAGAACAAAUAGCAAAGGGGGGG